AUGGAUGAGACAUUGAUUGCUACUAUUAAUAAAUUGCAGGAUGCAUUGGCACCAUUAGGAGGGGGAUCCUCGUCUCCCGUUGAUUUGCCCCAAAUCACUGUGGUUGGUUCACAAUCCAGUGGUAAAUCUUCUGUUUUAGAAAACAUUGUCGGUAGAGACUUCUUGCCUCGUGGUACUGGUAUUGUUACUAGAAGACCUUUGGUGCUUCAGUUGGUUAAUAGAAGGAACGAACCCCCAAGUGAUUCAGCUAAAUCAGGAAAGGAUUUGUUAGAUUUCGAAGGAAGUGGUGCCGGUAAGGAUUCUGAAACUGGUCAAAAGUCUGAAGACAAUGUUGAAGAAUGGGGUGAGUUCUUGCAUUUGCCUGGUAAAAAGUUUUUCAACUUCAAUGAAAUCAGAAAUGAAAUUGUUAGAGAAACCGAUCUGAAAACAGGGAAGAAUUUGGGUAUAUCUCCAGUUCCUAUCAAUUUGAGAAUUUACUCUCCACAUGUUUUGACUUUGACUUUAGUUGAUUUACCUGGUUUGACUAAGGUCCCAGUUGGUGAUCAACCUAAAGAUAUUGAGAGACAAAUCAGAGAUAUGAUUAUGAAGUAUAUAUCGAAACCAAACGCAAUUAUCUUGUCAGUGAAUGCAGCCAAUACUGAUUUGGCAAAUUCAGAUGGUUUGAAGUUGGCAAGAGAAGUGGAUCCUGAAGGUUCAAGAACAAUUGGUGUGUUGACUAAAGUUGAUUUGAUGGACCAAGGUACUGAUGUUAUUGAUAUUUUAGCAGGUAGAGUCAUUCCCUUGAGGUUUGGUUAUGUUCCAGUUAUUAAUAGAGGUCAAAAGGAUAUUGAAAGCAGUAAGACCAUUAGAGAAGCAUUGAAUACUGAAAGAGCAUUCUUUGAAAAUCAUCCAGCUUAUAGAGCAAAGGCACAUUACUGUGGUACUCCAUAUUUGGCCAAGAAGUUAAAUGGAAUUUUGUUGCACCAUAUUAAGAGUACAUUGCCUGAUAUAAAGAUGAGAAUUGAACAUUCUUUGAAAAAGUACACCAAUGAGUUAGCAAUUUUAGGCCCAGAAAUGGCAGAAUCUCCUUCCAACAUUGCCUUAAGUAUGAUCACUAACUUCAGCAAGGAUUAUACUGGAAUUUUAGAUGGUGAAUCAAAAGAAUUGAGUUCUCAAGAAUUAAGUGGUGGAGCUCGUAUUUCGUUUGUGUUCCAUGAAAUCUUCAAGAACGGUAUUAAUGCCUUAGAUCCAUUUGAUCAGAUCAAGGACACAGAUAUUCGUACUAUUAUGCACAAUACUAGUGGUUCUGCUCCUUCUCUUUUUGUUGGAACUGAAGCAUUUGAGGUUUUGGUUAAGCAACAAAUUCAAAGAAUGGAGGAUCCAUCAGUUCGUUGUAUUAACUUAAUUUUUGAUGAAUUGGUGAGAAUUUUAUCUCAAAUUGUCAGUCAACCCAAUUACACAAGAUAUCCCGCUUUGAAGGAGCAAUUAUCUCAAUAUUUUAUUCAAUUUUUAAGAGAAGCUUUGAUUCCAACCAAUACCUUUGUGUUGGAUGUUAUUAAGUCUGAAGAAACAUAUGUCAAUACUGCACAUCCAGAUUUGUUGAAGGGUACACAAGCUAUGGCGAUUGUGGAGGAGAAAUUCCAUCCAAAGCCACAACCUGCUGUAGAUCCCAAGACAGGUAAGCCAUUGCCUCCAACUCAACAACCUCAAUCCCCAACACCUCAGAAUAAAGAUGACAGCAACGGAUUCUUUGGUGGUUUCUUUUCUAGUAAGAAUAAGAAGAGAUUACAACAAAUGGAGGCUCCUCCACAAGUUUUGAGAGCUACUGGUACUAUGACUGAGAGAGAGUCUAUGGAAACUGAAGUGAUCAAGUUGUUAAUUUCAUCAUACUACAAUAUCGUGAAGAGAACGGUAAGUGAUCUUGUGCCUAAGGCCAUUAUGUUGAAGUUGAUUGUGAGAUCGAAGGAAGAGAUCCAAAAACAUUUAUUGGAGAAGUUAUAUGCUUCACCUACUUUGGCUGAGUUGGUAAAGGAAAACGAAUUGACGGUACAGAAGAGAAAGGAAUGUAUUAAGAUGGUGGAGGUAUUAAGAAAUGCCAGUGAAAUUGUUUCCAGUGUUUAA